AUGUCCUUCAACAACGCCAAUGCCUUUUCUUUCGACAAGCUUGCCACCCCUGAAGUACCCAGGUCGUUGAACGGCGGGACGAUUUGGCUGGCUUCGCCGGACAAUCGUACAUUGGCUGGUAAUUCACCACGCUCUGCAGGAUUUCUGGAACAAUCUCCGCGGCCUACUUCGGAGCUUUUGUUGGAUUGGGAUACCCUUUCAACCCUCAUGACUUUCGACGGUUGCGUCCCACUACCGAAGUGUGAUUGUGAAGUGCAGCAGCUGCAUGUUUCCGGCAUCACAGAUGGUGUGUACGGAGACUAUAUGAAUGAUCUCAAUGAGACCAGCCAGUUGCCUCCAUUGGAGAGCCGGGAUACUGUGGAAAGUAGUCUCAAUAAACGUGUCGACGAUUCGGAACAGGAUCUCCAGCUUGCCAUAGUUCCGCUUGAAACCGCUACUUGUGCUUGUGUUCCUCAAAGAUUGUAUCAGCCGCGAGGAGAAACUGAGCGAGAGAAAUACGUGCAAGCAGCGAUUUUAUCUUCGCCUAUCCUCUUCUAUGCAGAGAAGCCACAUGAGCUGGGUAUAGCCUUGGAAGAGAUUCUCAAAAAUUCGAGAUGUCUCAGCGAUAGGGAUGACCUGGUGUUCGAAGGGGGCGGCCGAUCUAUCUCAGUGAGAUUAGAGGUCUGUCAAGAACAUGGCGAUCUGGACCUUAUGAACUAA